AUGAUGCAUGCCAACGGAUUAAUUAUGUUAAGUCGUACACUGCGAUUAUUAACUGCAAUUCAUCAGUCUUCUGAAAAGCGGAUAUGCUGUUUGUUCUCGUUACAACAACAACAACAACAACAGGUGAAAGAUCAAGAAUCUAUACGAAUUAAACAAAUUGGUUUAAAAAUGAAACAUUUCAAUACAUCGGGUCAAGGUGAAAAAUCUGUAAAAUUAUUUAAUGAUCUAAUUCAACAAGCAGAUAUUCAUGUUAACGAUAUUAUUUAUUUAUUGGCAUUAAAUUCAUGUGUAUUGACGCGAAAUUUAGAACAAGGAAAACAGAUUCAUGAACACAUUGAACAAAAUAAAAAAUGGAUAAAUAACAUCAAAUUAAAAGCAGCAUUGAUACACAUGUAUGCAAUGUGUUCAGAUAUACAUAUGGCCGAAUAUGUCUUCGAACAAACUAAAGAACACACUGUUUUCACAUAUGGAGCACUUUUGAAAGCAAAGACUCUUGAACGACAUUUAAUUAACUCUUAUCAUUUUAAUCGGUUAUUGUUUUGUGUAUUUCAUCCAGGUUAUAACAUUAAUGACAUGCCUAACAAAACAUUAGCUUUAUUCUAUGAAAUGAAACAAAAAGAAAAAUUUCUUCCAAAUGAGCAAAUAUACAUCUCUGUUAUUAGUGCUAUUUCAAAGUUAAAAAAUUUACAAGUAGCAAAUAGUCUUUUUGAUGAAUUAAAUUGUAAUCAAGUUCAAUAUAAAACUAAUAUUCGUCUCACAACAGCAUUGAUCAAUAUGUUUGGUUGGUGUUCGGCUGUUGAACAAGCACAACAAAUAUUUGAUGAGAAUCCUCGUCAAUAUGAUAAUUGUACUUCCUGGAGUGCUUUAAUGAAAAUAUAUAAUCUUAAUCAUCUUCCAAUGAAAACUCUUGAGCUCUAUCAAAAAAUGAAACAAAACAAUGUUAAACCAGAUGCGUUGACAUGUCAAGAAUAUCAUCGUAACAUAUUAGCCGAAUCGAUUGAUGUUAAUGAAAAUGUCAUCUUUCAAACGGCACUAUUAGAUAUGUACGGAAAAUGUGGAGACAUCAAACAAACUGAAACAAUAUUUAAGUCCAUUUUAUCGAAAUUUCCGAAGUCUGAUGAACCUUUUGAAGCAAUGAUCACCUCAUAUGCAUUAAAUGGUCAAAUUUUGAAUGCUAUUGAAGUGUUUUAUAAAUGGAAAGAACAAAAUCAAAAUAAUAGACCGAAUCAACAACUCAUCAGUGCCAUUAUAAAUGCGUGUUCAUAUUCAGGCUUGGUACAAGAGGCAAAAGCAAUAUUUAAGGGAUUUAAUCGUAGAGCGUUGGGCGUUGGCAUUUAUACGACUAUGGUUAAUGCACUAGCACGUGCCUAUUUAUUCGAAGAAGCUAAGAAGUUAAUUAACGAAUUCGAAAAAUAUCAUACUCCAAUACUUUCCAUGUAUUUAUCAUUACUAUCAGCAGCUUGUAAUAAAAAUAAAUUAGUCAAAGCUGAACAAGUAUUCAGACAAAUACAUUCAUGGCGAAAUUUAGAUUCCAAUUGUUUUUCAGAAGCGACUAUACUAAUGUCAAAUUUUUAUUCAUCAAAUGGUCGUUAUGAAGAGGCACAACGAAUACAAAAUUUAAUUAAAAAUUCAGAUAAUUCUAAAAAAUCUACUGAAAUAAGUUGGACAAUGGUAAAUGGGAAAAUUAGUGAAUUUUAUGCUCAUGAUAAAAGACAUGCCAAAACAACAGAAAUUUAUGCAGAAUUAAAUAAAUUACAUAAUGAAUUAAAACAAGACAGAUAUAAAUAUAAUACAACGUAUUUAUCAAAAGAAGAAUAUAAUUCGGAAACAGCUGUUAAAGAACAUGGAGAAAAAUUAGCGUGUGCUUAUAAUUUUAUUGAAACAAAAUCGAAUGAAAUUAUACAAAUUACAAAACAUUUUCGUAUGUGCGAAGAUUGUCAUGAAUUUUUUAAAUAUGUUUCUCUUUUAAAACAACGAGAAAUUAUUGUUCGAGAUGAAAAUAAAAGCAUGCGCCGUUCAAUGGAUUAUCAACAACAACAACAACAACAACAACAAAGGCAAAAUCAAAAUAUUUAUCCACAAAAUAACUAUGGUCAUAUGUCUACAUCACCUCAUCCUCCGCAAAAUCCAUAUGGUGGUGAUUUUACCAUGGGUGGCACGUCUCAAAUGUCUGCCAGUAAUUUCUAUACACCUCAAAAUGCCUUCUAUUCUCCAACUUCUCAACAACAAUCUUUUCCACCUGGUGGAAUGGAUUUUUUAUCAAAUCCUCUAGUCAACGUAGCAACGCAAAUGGCUGGACAAUACACAUCAAUGAUGGCACAAAAAGGACAAGAAUUAUUACCUAAUGAAGUAAAACGUUCAAUAACAUCUGUGAAAUAUUAUUUUGCUGUUGAUACCAAAUAUGUCAUUAAAAAAUUGUGUCUACUGCUAUUCCCAUUUCGGCCACGAAAUUGGUCAUUGCAGUAUAGUGCAGAUGAGCCCGUGCCACCUCGCGUUGAUUCAAAUGCACCUGAUUAUUACAUACCAUUGAUGAGCGCAUUAACAUACGUUUUGAUAGCUGGAUUAGCUCUUGGAACACAAAACAAAUUUUCCCCUGAACAACUUGGUUUUCAUUCGAGUUCUGUAUUAGUCUGGUUUAUCAUUGAAGUUGGUUUAUUAUGUUUAAUAUUUUACAUAUUUGGAAUACAAACAAAAUUAAGAACACUUGAUCUUAUCGCUUAUUGUGGAUAUAAAUAUGUUGGAAUGAUAUCUGCUGUUAGUGCUUAUUUAUUAACAAAUUCUUUACUUGCUUAUCGUUGUGUUUUGAUCUACAUCAGUGUAGCAUUAUCUUAUUUCCUUGUUAAAAGUCUUCGAUUACAAAUUUUACCAGAAACAGGUUCACAUUCUACAUAUGGUGGAAGUAAACGACGAAUCUAUCUGCUAUUAGCCAUUGUUCUAUUACAACCAUUUUUUAUUUGGUAUCUUACAAGACAUCUAAUUGCUUGA